UGGGGAGCCAAAACUGGCAACCCUACCCCGACUGCCAAAGUCCCGCUUGUCAUUGGGUGACUGUGACAGAGAGAGAGUGAAGUGGAGAGGGAGUGUGAUUGGAUGCCAGCGGGAGAGUAAAAGACUGAAGCAACUUGUGGAUUUUCUUAGUUGUCAUAGGCCCUGGGGGGGUGGGGGUCUGUCAAGUGGCACGGCUGAGUCACAGACACAAGGAGAGAGGACACAAGCAACAACAAAACAGUGACGUGGGGACUCGGGACAUCUUUAUAAGCAACAGUGAGAGAGACCGAGCGAGCGAGGGACACGCAGGGUGACCGUUGUGUCCAGAGGGAAGCAAAGGAGCCCCAUCCCAUCCGCUCCAAAAUCCAUCCGUCCGUCCAUCGGUCCGUCCAUCAGCCAGGCAGAACUGGAAGGAGAUAUGAAGAGACCUCAGGACUACAGCUCCCCAGACUCGGACACAGACGAGUUUAUUGACGUGGGACAAGAAGACAGUUAUUGCCCCGUCACUGGGUCCAUGUCCCCUGGCACCGCUUCGCAGGUUCUUGCACGAAAGAAGAGAAGAGGGAUCAUAGAGAAGAGGCGCCGGGACCGGAUCAACCACAGCCUGUCGGAGCUCAGGAGGCUGGUGCCCAGUGCUUUUGAGAAGCAGGGAUCAUCAAAGCUGGAGAAAGCGGAGAUUCUGCAGAUGACUGUGGACCACCUCAAGCUUUUGCAUGCCAUGGGGGGUAAAGGGUACUUUGAUGCAAGGGCUUUGGCGGUCGAUUACAGGACGCUUGGAUUUAGGGAGUGUGUCGGGGAGGUGGUGCGGUACCUCAGCUCCCUGGAAGGGGAGUCUCCAGAUCCGAUUGGAGUCCGCCUGGUCUCCCACCUGUCCCACUGUGCAAGCGAGCUCGACCCUCUCCUCCUGCAGUCGCAUCCAGCCUCCGUCCUGCCCUUCUCUCCUUGGCCGUGGGCAUCUUUCGCUCAGAUCUCCCACUCCUCUCCAGCCUCCUCCUCACCCACUUUCCCCAGUGGGCGAAGGGAUCUGGCCUUGCUUGGGAGCUAUCAGUCACCAACCUCUCUCCGGCACGCCCCCCUGACUGGCUGCCAGCAGGGCACACUACCACUCCUCACACCCACUGCGCUGACCGCCGUGCACAGGGUGCCCACCCUCACACCCUCCCAGGCCUUAGCCCCCUCUGCUGCCCACAGACCAAACCAACCAUCUCCCCACAGCACUUCCACAGCCUCGCCUCUUCCUCUCCCCACUCCUUCCUCUUCUUCUCCCUCCUCCUCCUCCUCUUCCUCUAGUUCAUCAUCAUCCACUUCUUCUCCUCUGCAAAUUUCUUUCAGGCCUUUCGCUCCUUUGGGGUCUCCCACAGCACAGCGAAGAGGCUUGGCUAGAUCAGCCAAGUCUGCCCAGGGAUGGAGCACUGAGAUUGGAGCUUUCUGAGGGUCAAACCCAGUUUUGUUUUCCAAACAGACUUUUACAAUGGAGCACCAGUGCGCACCGUGUAGCAACUAGGACACCUUGGCAGGAAGAAUUAGUUGACGUUUGAUGAUUGCAUCUGCUUUUGAGAGACUUUACAAGCCAUAACAGACUUGGAAAAACUUCAGAUAAUCACAGAAAGAUUAAUGGAAGAAUGAUGAGUAGUGUGGAUGGAUACAAAAAAAAAAGUUUUGGAUAAAUUUAUAUUUGUGAAGAUGCUUGACAAAUGCACACACAGACGUGUCCAAUGGAGCCAUAUGCAGUUCUCAACCGAGACGUUGAGUUCUAACUGAUGUUUUAACUGUGAUUUUUUUUUUCUUUUCGUAUUAUACUUUUGAUUAUACUUUGCAAAUCUCCUUAUAAAACACUAAGUGCCUUCA